ACACACACACACACACACACACACACACGCUGUAGGCUACAGCUCGGAGCCACAUCUCUUUCUUCCACGCGGUGGAGGAGUGAAGACAGCGGAGUGGCGGACACGGACAGCUCCGGACACUCAUGCGCUCCACGGAUCAUACGCGUUAACCGUCUUUACGAUCUCAUUUCUCGUUGACGUUCUUUUUCUUUUUCCCUACAAGUAAGGAAAGUCACAAAAACAGACAAGACACCUGGCGUCUUUCGGAUUGGACAGAAGCUUCAUUACUUUCACUACCAGCUCGAGGGAAGCAAACGACUCGAACUUAACGCAGCUUGUUUUCUCCCAGUUUUGCGCUCUCACUGCCAGGGUUCAUAGUCAGGCAUCAGAAAGAAAAGUUCUUUACAAAACUCAGUUAUUCAGCAGUUCUUUAUUAUUAUUAUUAUUAUUAUUAUUAUUAUUAUUAUUAUUAUUAUUAUUAUUAUUAUUAUUAUUAUUAUUAUGCCUGUACAGCGUUAUGGGCAUGUUUUUGAAGCAUGCGCUCUGAUCUGAGUUUCCUUCAGUGUUGAAGAAAAGCGCAUGUAACAGGCGAUUGGAGAGGAGAGGAGAGAAGUGAUCAUCGCCGUACUGAAGAGCUCUUUUCGGUGGAUAAACUGGUUUCUCUACACCGAAAGAGGGCCAAGAUUCAAGAAUCAAGACUUACUCUUACACGCUUUUUCCUUCAAGGGUGGCACGUUUCACCCGGAGAGAUGGAUUUAGCCACCAGACUGUAUGGAUGCUUACUCGUCUUUUAUUUCUCGUCGCUGGUUCACGGAGAUGAGGAGCCAUGUGGUGGGCAGCGGGAUGCCAGUGAUGCAGGCUAUAUCACCACGCCUGGUUACCCUCAGGAGUACCCACCUCACCAGGACUGCCGCUGGAUCAUCACCGCUCCAGAGCCCUCGCAGCGCAUCGCCCUCAACUUUAACCCCCACUUUGAGCUUGAGAGGCUGGAUUGCAGAUACGACUUUGUUGAGAUCCGUGAUGGCAAUUCAGAAUCUGCAGAUCUGCUGGGGAAACACUGCAAUAACAUCGCCCCACCGCCCAUCAUCUCAUCAGGACCCGUGCUCCACAUUCGAUUUGUGUCUGACUAUGCCCACCAGGGAGCUGGCUUCUCACUGCGUUACGAGAUCCACAAGACGGGUUCUGACUGCUCCAGAAACUUCACCAGUCCAUCGGGUUUGAUCGAGUCCCCGGGUUUCCCUGACAAGUACCCUCACAACUUGGAGUGCACCUUCAUCAUCGUUGUCCCUCCCCACAUGGAGGUCAGGCUCACCUUCUUGACCUUUGACCUGGAAAAUGACCCUUUGCAAGGCGCAGAGGGCGAGUGCAAGUACGACUGGCUGGAAGUGUGGGAUGGCCUGCCGCAGGUUGGACCUCUUAUUGGACGCCACUGUGGGACUAAAAUUCCCCCCGAAAUCCAGUCAUCCACCGGGAUUCUCUCUCUUACCUUCCACACAGACAUGGCCGUGGCAAAAGAUGGCUUCUCAGCAAGCUAUAACAUGACUUUAAAGGAGGUUAAUGACAAUUUUCACUGUAGCAGUCCUUUCGGGAUGGAGUCAGGCCGUAUCGCAGACGACCAAAUCACAGCAUCUUCAUCAUUCAGUGAUGGACUGUGGUCUCCACGGCAGGCUCGUCUUAACUACGACAACAACGCUUGGACGCCCAGUGAAGACAGCAACAAAGAAUACAUACAGGUGGACUUGCACUUCCUAAAGGUUUUGGCUGGAAUUGCCACCCAGGGAGCCAUCUCAAAAGAAACGCAGAAGCCUUAUUAUGUCACCAGCUUCAAACUGGAGCUUAGCACCAAUGGUGAGGACUGGAUGGUGUACCGCCAUGGCAAGAACCACAAGACUUUCCAUGCCAACUCAGACCCCUCUGAAGUGGUCCUGAACCGGAUACCUCAGCCGGUCCUGGCUCGAUUUGUGCGAAUCAGACCCCAGACUUGGAAGAAUGGCAUUGCUUUGCGCUUUGAGCUUUAUGGUUGUCAGAUCACAGAUGCUCCAUGUUCUGAGAUGCAGGGCAUGCUCUCAGGACUACUCCCUGACUCACAGAUCUCUGCGUCCUCCAUGCGGGACAUCCACGGCUCCAUGAGUGCAGCUCGGUUAGUGGCGAGCCGUUCUGGAUGGUACCCCAGUCCCACACAGCCUGUGGCCGGGGAGGAGUGGCUGCAGGUUGAUCUAGGAGUCCCAAAAGCAGUGAGGGGGAUCAUCACACAGGGGGCGCGUGGCGUCGACGGCAGCACCAGCGCAGAGAACCGUGCCUUUGUGAGAAAGUACCGGCUGGCACACAGCAUGAACGGAAAAGACUGGAGCUACUUCCUUGACCCUAGGACCGGUCACCACAAGAUUUUUGAAGGAAACACACACUUCGACACACCAGAGAUCCGCCGCUUUGAUGAGAUCUUGACCCAGUUUAUCAGAGUGUAUCCGGAAAGAUGGUCCCCUCCUGGCAUCGGAAUGAGGCUGGAGAUCCUGGGAUGUGAUCUGCCAGAAUCCACCACUAUUGCCAACACAGCAAGCCCGACUCUGGCCCAGCAAGAAGAAACCACAACAGCUCAGAGGACACCAGCUCCCACCACCAUGUUGUCGCUAGGUGGUUUGUGUGAUUUUGAGCAAAAUAUGUGCGGCUGGACCCAUGACCCCACAGGAGAUGUGAACUGGGCUCUGCAUAGCCCCUCCAGUACUGGUCUGGACCUGCCCAUGGGAGCUGAUGAUUAUGGCAGCUUCCUGUUCCUGGAGGCGAGUCCUAAGACGGAGCAUAAGCGUGCAAAGCUCCUGAGCCCCGUUGUGGGACCCGAGCAAGGGCCGCUCUGUCUGCUUUUCCGCUACCAGCUCUCAGGAGAGGCAGAGGGAAGGCUGCAGGUCCUGAUUCGCGAUGACAAUCAGGACGAGACAUUGCUCUGGACCCUGAAAGCAGAGCAGGACCACAAAUGGAGAGAAGGACGAACCAUCCUGCCUCAGUCCCCUAGGGAGUACCAGGUUGUUAUCGAGGGUUUAUUUGAGUACGGCAGCCAAGGCCACAUCUGGAUCGACAAUAUCCACAUGAGUUCUAGCACAGACCUGGAUCAGUGCACUGAACCAUUUCCUGCCUUCCCACCGGAGAUGACUGGGGGAGCCUUUCCUGGCAUGAGUGAUCCCACUGUAGAUACCACAGUGUCCCUGCAGCCCAUGCCCACCUACUGGUAUUACGUUAUAGCUGGAGGGGGUGCACUGGUACUACUGGCCUCCAUCACGCUUCUCAUGGUGCUGUGCUGCCAUCGCUACCACCUGGCUGCCAAGAAGAGCCAGCACUCUGUGUCCUACCACAGCACCCAUUACCCAGGUGGCACCGCUACGGCACCCACCGUGGAGCCCAUGCUGACCAUUAGACAAGAGAAACACCAGCCGUGCUCCCAGUGCUAAGUAGAGAAGGCAUGAUGGAGACUGAGACUAUGAAGAGGGUUCUAGACUCUCUGUCGCUAUUAUUCUGCUGCUUCAUAACUACCAACAGGCACAGACACCCAGUGCUGCACCCGCAGUGCCCUUCAGGAAGGAUUUUGCACCAAGGAUGACCUACGCACCAAUUAAUCUGGAGAUAUUUGAUAGCUGCCGUCGGUGAAAGCAGACUUUUAAAAGUGCUUAGUUGCUCAAAUUAGGAGAAGAGAAGCGGACACGUAGUCCGUAGGCCCUUCUGGAACCUUUGGACCUGUGUGAAGCUCUGAUUGGAAUUUUGCAGCGUUUGCAGUUCCAGCUCAGAGUUUGGUGAGAAAAGACAAGCAUCUCGCCAAAGUCCCGAGUGGCAGAAAGCCACCUCUGACUGUUUGUGUCUGUGUGUGUGUGUGUGUGUGUGUGUGUGUUUGUAUGCACACACACUUCUCUCACUCUCUGGGUCUCCCUGGAGAGAGCGGCUGGAUGGGAACCUGACUUGGCAGGACUCUGAUCCCCUGCUUGUGACCAAUCCUGUUGCCAAGGGGAAAAAGGCUGUGCAGUGCCAGAACUACUGAGAGAGCAAAAUAAAAAAAAGGGAUAUGAGAAAAUGCAAGAAGGAAAGCAGGAUUCUGCUGUGUCACAUUAAAGCGUUAGCAUGUGGUCUGAAUAAUGCACGCACAUACACUCACACACUAGAUGAGGAAGAGGAAGUGUAAGUGAGGGAAAAGAUGAAGUUUGUUAAAGAUGCCUUGUAAGCAGUAGCGCAACAGAAUCAUUUUUCUUUUCUUUUCUUUUUUCUUUUUUUUUUUUUUUAAAUGUGUUUGUGUGCCUUGAUAGUCCAUUUGUGUUUGUGGGUGGGUGGAUAUACAGUACAGUACGAGUGUUUUUUGGGUGCAUGGUUGCAGUUGCUAUCCAGAACACACUCCACUUAGUGUUUUACCUUCCUCUUCCUUUUCCCGCAAGUCUGUCUCCACACUGAAGGGCAUAUCCAGAAGGAAUCUCUGUCUGUUGAUGUCUACAUUUUAUUUCUUGAGUGUCUAUGAAGCUCUGUAACUUGCUUUGGUUGUCUAAGAUGUUUGAUUUUUCUAUAUGCAAAAGUUAUGUGACCCUGCCUUAGCCAGUUUUACACCUCUGAGCAACCCCCAAUCUUUAAGUCUCAUCAUUGGCCUUAAAUAUACAAGUGGCACAGGGCUAUUCAAUGCCAGUCACUAAAGAGCCUCACUUUUUUGCAGAAAAUACUUAAUGUAGUUUACUAAAUGUACUUUAUAUGCGAGUUAUUUUCUGUAAUAUUUUUAUAUCCAACUUGGGAUGUCAUGGUUGCUGAUCGAAAGGCUAAAUGGAAAUGCACAUGCACAUGACUGAUGCACUGAUUAACGUUCAGCGUUCUCUGGUAGCCAAUCACGUCUGUUGACUUCUGUUGCUAUUUUGACUGCUUUCGGCUGUUUUUAUUGGCUUGUAUGGAAGCGGAAAGUGAAACUCAAGCUGUGAAUGUGUGGCUUUGCUUGGCUGCUCCGCUUCAUGUCUGACAGUGGUGGGGAUUUGCCAUGUUUGAUAGCACUGCAGAGAGUGAGAGGGACUCACAGACUCUAUACGUCUCAACACUGCACACUGUGUCAAAUCUGACGGCUUUCCUUCAUGGUUCCUCUGUAUCUCAAAUAUACAGAAUUAUUUUUGUGCAAUUAUCAUACUUGGAAAUGCGUUUCUAUGACAACAAUCUUGAUGUUUAUGAUGUGCAUAAUGUAAUACCUGUUCAUUCUAAAGUGUCUGAUGGCUUUAAAGUGUAUGUUUUUGACUUGAUUAAGGUUAGGUUCAACCUUUUUGUUUUCUUUUUUGGACAAUCCCCCCAUGAAAAUGUGAUAUUACUUAUUUACACACCAGCAUCAUUCAGGAUUAGUGUGAGAUAAUAUUGUAUUAUAUUGAUUAUUAUAUUGAACAAACACACACCACAGCCAAGAUACACAGCCUGGAGCAAAAUACAUGAACAUUCCAUAAACAUAUUAUUCCCUUUAGUUAUAAAGAGUUUGAGGCAUCAUCCAUUAUAAAAAAGAAAGCUGUCCGUUAGGCUGCUGCUUCACAUUUUGGAAGCAUCAGAUGCAUUUUUGGAUUAAAGGAAGAUGAAAAUCCCUGUAUAUUCUUAUGUCCUCCAUAUGGCAAUAGGUGAAAAUAAUCCUCCAUUACAGAGGCCAUUUUCUCCCCAUUAAUCUGCUCUUCACAAAAGAAUGCAUGGAAAGGUGGAAGGGGAGAUGAAAGCGAGAGGUCGGUCUAAAGAUACACCGACUCUUAUUCAGCCCGCAGUCUGAAGGGGUUUGCUUAAGAACACAAAAGCACAUAAAAGCCGCUUACAGGCAGCCAGAUAGAGCACCUGACCUGGCAGACCCAUGAUGAUGCCGGGAGAAAAAAAAGGAAUAUCUCACUCCCUUUUCCAUCUUUCUUCGCCUUUAUCCUUAUGCGUACAUUAGAUCCUUGUUAACAAUAUUACAGCCACUGUAACGAGGCCAGGAUUUAACCAAGCCAGUCAUUGCAUAAAGCAGGCUGUCAUUAUGUUUUUGUUUUUUGUUUUUUUAAGAUUUAAUGAUAAAUAUACAAUGGCGUUAUAUAUAUAUAUAUAUAUAUAUAUAUAUAUAUAUAUAUAUAUAUAUAUAUAUAUAUAUAUAUAUAUAUAUAUAUAAAAUGCUGCCAUAAGUGAUGGCAGCAUUAAUGCUGACGUCAAAGCUUUUUGCCCUGCAAACAAUGCAAAACAAAUUCCCAACCUACAAUACAGUGAUUGCUUCUUUCUAUAAAUAAUGAUGUCACUGUCAAUUUGUCUUAUAUAGUGCCAAUAAGAAAUCCACUCUCCAUUUCCUUCUCGGUGUUCCUUCAUUCUACAGGGGAGUCUACCUGAUGGGCUCAUGAGUUUCACUCUGACAUAAGGCUUUUAACGCAGACUACCCAAUAAUAAUACCCUCAAAGUAUUUGAUUUUCCUGUAGGAAUGCCAGCUUUGGAUGGUUUUAUUUAUGAGGAGAUUUAUUUUUCCCCUUCUGAAACUGACAGGUUAGCAGAAAUACAGUCUGAUCUCGAUAUGCUUUUAUACCAACUACGGCUGCCCUGCGCGAUUUCUAUGUAGCUCUAAAUAUUUUUAAUUAGAUAAUGGGUCGAUUGCAUUUUAUUAAGCCUGCCGUAAGCAUUCUUUUUCUGGACCCUUUUCCUUUAGCUGUCUAUCAAAUGAUAUUAAUGAGCAAAUGCACUUAGGUCCUCCUGGCCAUAUACAGGCCUCACAGUGCCAAGAGCCUCCCUCAGCACAAAAACACAAUGCAUACACACAGUCUGAUGUGUUGCUUUAGAAAAAGAGGUCAUUUUAAUAUUAUUUUAGGAUGUCGUAUUUUUUGUCAUACUAGAACAUAAUUCUUUUUAUUUAUUUAUUUUUUUUGGAGUAAAAUGUGGCUUCAGUCCAAACUAACUACAGGUAGCAUUAAUAGUUUGGAAAACAUUAGUGUUUUAUCUUAAAUACAUUUUGAUCCCGGUGCAGUGUAUCAUAUUUGUGUUUUGAUUCAUAUUCAUGGUCUCAAGACUCUGAUCUCAUACAUUUGUGGCUGUGUGUUUUCUGCAUCCUCUCUUUGUGUAUAUUGGGUCUUGACUGGGAUUGUCUGUUUAUGUGCCAUUUCUGUGCUGCACUUCAGCCUGUUUCAAAAAGAUUUGAGGAAUAUUUUAGCCUGUUGAAUUUUAUGGUCUUGGAAAAUGUUGUGUGGAAUGUAAUAAUAAAAUGAUAUUUUUCUACAAA